AUGAGUGCCAGUGAAGGGUUCAUCACUUUCCACACUGAUGGCACCGGCGAGGUCAUCCGGACCAAACCAUACGCUGAACGCGGGAGCUGGACUCAGGAGCUGGACUCGGGAACUGGACUCAGGAGCUGGACUCGGGAGCUUGAGUCGGGAGCUGGACUCAGGAGCUGGACUCGGGAGCUUGAGUCGGGAGCUGGACUCGGGAGCUGGACUCAGGAGCUGGACUCAGGAGCUGGACUCGGGAGCUGGAGUCGGGAGCUGGACUCGGGAGCUGGACUCGGGAGCUGGACUCAGGAGCUGGACUCAGGAGCUGGACUCGGGAGCUGGACUCGGGAGCUGGACUCGGGAGCUGGACUCGGGAGCUGGACUCGGGAGCUUGAGUCGGGAGCUGGACUCGGGAGCUGA